AUGGACACCCGAGCUGGGCCAAAUAUGGCUCAAUGCUUGCAGAUCAGCACCACCCGAACACAAUGGCACCACAAAGGCUCACCAAUGCUGGCAUGGGAACGAGCAGCUCAAGGCGAGAAACUGAAGCAGACUCUCGUCACUGUGACUCUCCCAAUCAGGCGGAACCUGUGGGACCUACCCGCUGCCGACGUCGUUGCCCAAACCACAGCCACAAGCACUCGGCCAGAAGGUGCCAGCUUAGGCUUCGUGGCAAACGCAUGCAUGCCACGGGGAUGGCUCUCAGUUUGCGGGUUGGCGCUGCUGGCAACAGGCGACAAAGCCGCUCGGCCACAGCGAAGACAGGGCGAAUCCUUCCCGAAAGGAGUGGCAAGGGAAAUUGCCGGACCGUUACCCAGAAAUCGCUGGCGGCCCUGCCCACGCUCGCACCAAGGCUGA